AUGACCUCAUGCUCCACAGUGCUGCUUCAUACAAUAUGCUUGUACAUCUGCACCUCUGCACUAGCACUUGAUGCCAACGACUCAUUGGUGCUGAACAUCGAGCCAAACGUGACAUGCGAAGCGUCUCCUGAAUGCCUGGCAAAGGGUCUAGAGCACAAUACGUGCCGUGGCGGUAUCUGUGUGACCGAUACGCUGUUUCCUCUAUCUCCAGCGGAUAUCGCCGGCUCCGUCGGUGGUUUCGUAGCAACUGUCUUAGCUGCUGGGUCUGGAUUGGGUGGUGGUGGGCUCCUCGUGCCUGUCUACACUCUACUGAUGAGCCUGUCGUCCCACGAGGCAGUGCCACUGUCUAAGGCCACAAUCUUUGGUGGCGCGAUUGCCAGCUUUUUGGUCAACGUUCGGAAGCGUCAUCCAUUGGUGCACAGCCGUCCGCUGAUUGAUUAUGAGACAGUCCUGCUCAUGGAGCCUUUGACGUUGGCUGGCACGAUCAUCGGGGUCCAUAUAAACACGGUCUUUCCGGAAUGGCUCAUUACGAUUUGUAUUGUCUGGCUUUUGGCCAAAACGGCCUGUCGUACCUACAAUAAGGGCAAGAAAGUGUGGAAAGAAGAGGCGGACGUGGACCGCAAGGUCGUGGCAGACAUUGUAGCGUACUGGCGCUUACUGCCGUAUGAGUCGAAUUUCAGGCAGUUCCAAGUGACCGCACGCGCGUACUUGAAGUGGAAGACAUACAAGUCGCCGGACAGGGCAGAAUUUCAGCUGAAGAUCGUGACGGCAAGAAGCUGUCGUGAGGAACAUGACAGCUUUUCAAAUAGCACGGACGCGAGCACGGAAGAUGAAGAAGCGAGCAGCGACGGUGAUGAAAAUCGACCAGCAAUGACGUGGGGGCUCCAGGACAAUCGGGCAGUGAAGUUUGUCUCGGUGAGAGAAAUCGCCAAAGCGCGACGCGCUGUCCCACUGGCAGAUAUGGGCGUGCUGUUCCUGACGUGGAUCGGACUUGUACUGUUUUCUAUGGCCAAAGGCGGACACGAUACGCCUAGCGUUAUCGGGUUGUCAUGCGGCAGCGCUGCUUACUGGCUACUCACAAUUGCUUCGUUCCCAUUCUUCGUAAGCGUGACGAUCUACUUUGGUAUGAAGAUCAGCCGGUUUCACACAAUGCUGCAGGCUUCCGACUACACAUAUGCCAAAGGCGACAUGGUCUGGACAAAACAAGCAGCGAUUAAGUACCCUGCGCUGUGCACUGCCGCUGGCAUAGCUGCUGGCCUGCUGGGCAUUGGAGGCGGCAUGGUAAAAGGCCCAUUGCUGAUUGAAAUGGGACUGCUACCACAAGUGUCCUCGGCAACGUCGUCGUCGAUGAUCCUGUUUACGUCUUCUGCCACCACGAUCCAGUUUAUCAUUCUGGGCUCGUUGUCAGUGGACCACGCGUUAUGGCAUGGCGCCAUCGGGUUUGCCGCCGGUCUCGUUGGGCAGCUGGGUAUGUCGUAUCUUGUCAAGAAGUACCGCAAAUCGGCGCUCGUAAUCUUCUUCGUCGCUUGUUUCAUUGGAAUCAGUGGCCUCGUUAUGGGUGUGCUGGGCGUUGUCCGCACUUCAAGAAUCGGCUUUGGCGGGUUUCGGCCGCUUUGUCUCGGUUAA